GGUAGACUCUCCUCCAAUUUCUCACGCAGCACUGAUCACCUUCUUCUUGUUCAUCAUCAUCGCCCCUCUUUCAUCACCAACACUCCCACCGCCGCUCAUGCAACCCCGAUUUCGUCGCUGAGAUUUCUUCAGUCGAAGCAGCCUGCUUCUCAGUUUCGCUUCAUCAGGAAGAAGGCUACUAAGUUUGUUAGUAGAGGCUUGGACUUUAAAAUGGCUGGUAAUGAAGGGACACCGGUGGCCACAGAUGUCACUUCAGGAGAGAUGAUUUUCGAGCCUAUCGUUGAGGACGGUGUGUUUCGAUUUGAUUGUUCUGCAAAUGAUAGAGCAGCGGCACAUCCUAGUCUCUCUUUUGUUAAUAGCAAGGAUAGGGAGACACCAAUUAAGUGUCAGAAGAUGCCGUCUUGUAUUCCGAAGUUCGAAUGUCUUCUUGGACAGCAGAUUGUUAAACUUGAGCUUCCUGUCGGUACCUCUUUAUAUGGAACUGGGGAGGUUAGUGGGCAACUUGAGCGGACAGGAAAAAGAGUUUUUACUUGGAACACAGAUGCGUGGGGAUAUGGUUCUGGAACUACGUCAUUGUACCAGUCGCAUCCCUGGGUGCUAGCUGUUCUUCCUUCUGGAGAGUCAUUAGGUGUUCUUGCAGAUACAACAAAGCGCUGUGAGAUUGAUUUAAGAAGAGAAUCAAUGAUACAGUUCAUUGCUCCAUCCUCUUAUCCGGUCAUUACUUUUGGCCCAUUUGCUUCACCAAGUGCUGUUUUAAUAGCUCUAUCACAUGCAAUUGGUACUGUGUUUAUGCCACCAAAGUGGUCCUUGGGUUAUCAACAAUGUCGCUGGAGCUAUGACUCUGAUGAGAGAGUUCAAGAGGUUGCAAGAUUUUUUCGGGAAAAAAAGAUUCCGUGUGAUGUCAUAUGGAUGGAUAUUGAUUAUAUGGAUGGUUUUCGUUGUUUCACAUUUGACAAGGACCGUUUUCAAGAUUCAAAAUCCUUGGUGAGGGAUCUCCACCAAAAUGGUUUCAAGGCAAUAUGGAUGCUUGACCCAGGGAUAAAAGCAGAAGAUGGUUAUUUUGUGUAUGAUACUGGUUCUGAAGCUGAUAUCUGGAUUUCGAAAGCAGAUGGAAAACCUUUUGUUGGGGAGGUAUGGCCUGGGCCAUGUGUUUUCCCAGACUUUACACAGACAAAAGCUCGAUCAUGGUGGUCCAACUUAGUUAAAGAUUUCAUUUGUAAUGGUGUGGAUGGUAUAUGGAAUGACAUGAAUGAACCAGCUGUUUUUAAGGUUGUCACAAAAACAAUGCCUGAGAGCAAUGUCCAUAAGGGGGAUGAGGAACUGGGAGGUUGCCAGAAUCACUCACACUACCACAAUGUAUACGGGUUGCUGAUGGCGAGAUCAACUUAUGAAGGGAUGAAGUUGGGUAAUGAAAUGAAACGUCCGUUUGUCCUCACAAGAGCUGGAUUUAUUGGUAGCCAGCAGUAUGCUGCAACAUGGACCGGAGAUAAUCUUUCCACUUGGGAACACCUGCAUAUGAGUAUUCCCAUGGUUCUUCAAUUGGGUCUAAGUGGUCAGCCGCUAUCAGGGCCCGAUAUUGGUGGCUUUGCUGGAAAUGCCACACCUGAGCUAUUUGGAAGAUGGAUGGGAAUAGGCUCUCUGUUUCCCUUCUGCCGUGGGCACUCUGAAAAAGACACCGCUGACCAUGAACCAUGGUCUUUUGGGGAAGAGUGUGAAGAAGUAUGCCGCAUGGCACUGAUGAGGCGCUACCGGCUUAUACCUCAUAUAUACACUCUCUUUUAUAUGGCUCAUACGACGGGUACUCCAGUGGCAAGUCCUACAUUUUUUGCUGACCCGAAAGACACCAGCUUAAGGAAAAUGGAGACUUCUUUUUUGUUGGGUCCGGUAUUAGUGUGUGCAAGCACUGCAGUUGGUCAGGGGAUGGAUGCUCUGAACUGCACAUUGCCGAAAGGAAUUUGGAUGUGUUUUGAUUUUGAUGAUUCACAUCCUGAUCUACCAGCAUUAUAUCUGCAAGGUGGAGCAAUUAUUCCUGUGGGUCCUCCUCAUCAGCAUGUCGGUGAAUCUAAUAUAUCAGAUGACUUGACGCUCCUUGUGGCUUUAGAUGAACAUGGGAAAGCUGAAGGUGUUCUGUAUGAAGAUGAUGGUGAUGGAUAUGAAUUCCGGGAAGGAGGAUUCUUGUUGACACACUAUUUUGCUGAACUGGAGUCAUCAACACUUGCUGUCAAAGUUGCAAAAAUUGAAGGAUCUUGGAAGAGGCCAAACCGUCGCUUGCAUGUGCGACUAUUGCUUGGUGGAGGAGCAAUGGUUGAUAUCUGGGGUAAGGAUGGAGAGGUUCUUCGAAUUUCAGUUCCUUCAGAACAGGAGGUCUCCCAGCUGGUUUCUACUAGUGAGAAACAGUACAGAGCUCGUUUGGAAAAUGCCAAGCGUAUUCCAGCAGCAGAAGUGAGUUCUGCGCACAAAGGAAUAGAGCUAUCAGGGACGCCUAUUGAACUGAAAGGUGGUGAUUGGGCUAUUAACGUAGUGCCCUGGAUCGGCGGUCGAGUCAUUUCCAUGAGUCACCUUCCUUCAGGGACACAGUGGCUUCACAGUAGGGUUGAUAUUAAUGGUUAUGAAGAAUAUAGCGGUACCGAGUAUCGCUCUGCUGGUUGUUCUGAGGAGUACAAUGUUAUUGAACGAAAUCUCGAGCAUGCCGGGGAGGAGGAAUCCCUCAUGUUAGAAGGUGACAUAGGGGGUGGAUUGGUUCUACAACGAUACAUAUGUAUUCCGAAGGAUGAUCCCAAGGUUUUCAGGAUUGACUCUAGCAUUAUAGCACGCAAAGUUGGUGCUGGUUCUGGAGGAUAUUCAAGACUGGUCUGCUUGAGAGUACACCCGAUGUUCACCCUGUUGCACCCCUCAGAAUCUUAUGUUUCAUUUACGGCCAUUGAUGGGUCAAAGCAUGAAAUUGGGCCAGAAUCUGAUGAGCAAUUCUAUGAAGGGAAUUUACGUCCAAAUGGUGAAUGGAUGCUCAUUGAUAAAUGCCUUGGCUUGGGGUUACUGAAUCGGUUUGAUGUUAGUCAGGUUUACAAGUGCUUAAUCCACUGGGGAACUGGUACGGUUAAUUUAGAGCUGUGGUCUGAGGACAGACCUGUUUCAAACCAAUCACCUCUUAGAAUAGCCCAUGAGUAUGAGGUGAUAAAUCUCACUUAGAAAAUCUGGUAUGUAAAAUUUUACCAAAUAAAUGUCUGACUAGUGAGAAGCUGCUACAGUUUUAAGUGUGGCUUUAAUCGCUUUAAUUAUGCAAGAAAUGCAUGUUAAUGUUGCA